AUGGACCCGUUCCUGACGGAACCGGAUACGAUCGUGCUCAAGAAUCUUUUGGACGAUGUCAAGAAGUCGAGCACCGCUGGCGGCGUCGCCUCAACAGAUAAAUCGUCAGAUCCAGCAAGACAUCCUGAAGAGGAAAUCUCCGAGCAAGAUGAAGCAGAUAUCUCACGUCUCAAGGCGUUCAAUGAUCCUUCACAUCCAGACUUCACCCCGACGGUCUUCACCUUCUGCGACGACAAAGACAUCCCCGAACCCAUCAAACAGUGGCUAAUCCGACCCUACACCCGCUUCGCCAUGACCGUCGUCCGGCACCCAACGGACGUGGUAUUUCUGACCAACAUCCUGAUGUACACAUUUAUCAACCUGCCCAGCGCCAUCCUGCUCUUCCGGCACUUCACCUACCUGCACGGCAUCGCUCAUCUCGCCUUCUCCUUCUGGUGUGUGGGACCCUUCACGCUGAUGCUGCACAACCACAUCCACAACAACGGCGUCCUCUCCAAAGCGCUCCCCUGGUCCCUCGUGGAUUUCGUCUUCCCGUACAUCUUCGAGCCGCUGAUCGGCCACACCUGGGACUCGUACUACUACCACCACGUCAAGCACCACCACGUCGAGGGCAACGGCCCGGAUGACCUCAGCUCGACGGUGCGCUACCAGCGAGAUUCGAUCCUGGGCUUCGCGCACUACGUCGGCAGGUUUCUCUUCCUGAUCUGGUACGAUCUGCCGGUGUACUUCCUCCGCAAGAACAAGCCCGGGUUGGCGUUACGAUGCCUGGUGUCGGAGCUGGCGAACUACGCCUUCAUCGCGUUCAUGACGGUGCGCGUCAACCCGCGCGCGGGGACGUUCGUGCUCGUCCUGCCCUUCACCAUUCUGCGGCUGGGUCUGAUGAUCGGGAACUGGGGGCAACACGCGCUCGUGGACGAGCAGGAGCCGGACUCGGAUUUCCGCUCCAGCAUCACGCUGAUCGACGUCCCGAGCAACCGGUUCUGCUUCAACGACGGCUACCACACGGCGCACCACCUCAACCCGCGGCGGCACUGGCGCGAGCAGCCCGUGCACUUCCUGCAGUCGAAGGCGAAGUACACGGCGGGCCGGGCCCUGGUCUUCACCAACAUCGACUACCUGAUGCUGACGGUGACGCUGCUGCGCAAGGACUACGCCCACCUCGCCAAGUGCUUCGUGCCCAUCGGCGAGGCGCAGAUCGAAUUGGCACGGACGCCCGGCGCCGUGGAGAGCAUGCUGCGGAGCAAGACGCGCAAGUUCAGCGAGGCCGACCUCCGGCGGAAAUUCCCGGGCGCGGGCGAGGGCUCGCGGGACGGCGGCGUCGGCUGGAGGGCUGGUUUGUCCCGCCUGGCGCAUUGGUUGGAUGGCGCCCGGCUCCCGGCGGAGAGUCUGCCCCUGGGCGCGGCGACGUUGGAGGCGGUGCCGGCCGGGCAUAAGAAGGCGGAGUAG